GAACAACAACAAUACCCGCCGACAGCGGAGGAAAUUCCUUGCGCGGCCCAUUUGUUGGGUACGCCCCAGCUUAAGACACUGGCGCAUUCUCGCAACCGUUGAGCAUGGCCGAGGUUGCCACGCGACUGGGUUUGCCGACAAAUGUACAUAGCGACCUUGAAGAUGGGCCAGCAACGGUACUGGAGGUCAGAGCAACUCGAAGUCGGCUCGCUCAUCAUCCAGCCUUGCCCCCAAUCCACAAACGUUCACAUUCUUGCGAUGGGGCUGUAUCAAAUCGCCCGCAGUCUGCAGCAAGCGACUCCAAGGCUUCAGAUGUUGCUUUGAUAGCCGAUACUCCACAUGAAGAUCACGGUGCACAGCUGCUUGUAUCCCUCCGAGUCUGUAAAGAGUGUCAAAAUGCAUUGUUGGGGGCAUUCGAACAUUGUCUGGCCAAAAACGGUGAUCAACCCAUCAUGGGCUCCCUCCAUGAGAUUGAUGAGGUAGAAGAUGGUCGACGCCUCACGGAACCGCCUUACUUUAGAAUAGUAAAGGACCCAACCAAGCCCAAGAAUACUGUAUAUACAGACGUAUCUGAAAAAAUUGAUCGAGAGCGAUGGGCUUAUGUCGAGCAACGGUACGCUGCAACCCAAGAGCACCCUGGGAAUGCACGAGCAACCUUUACCAGUAUGGGACCACGAGGCUGGGGCAUCGAGUCGGGCCGUGUCUUCUCUGGCGCAUUGUACAAACGGACCUUAGAUGCUAAAGAUAAAGAAAUUCAUAUGUUGCGUGAACAACUCUACGAGCGGACUCAGUCGGAAAAGCAGGAGCAGAAUGAUGUUGAAAAGCUCAGGAUCGCACUGAAAAAGGCAGUGAAUUACUACGUGUACGCAGAAGAGUGGCAGGCAGUGGAAAGCGCACGAUUACAGCAGGAUAUACGCUAUCUCAAAGCAGAAUUGUCAUCAUUAAUGGCAUUUCUAAUUAACUCAGAAGAAGGAAAGCGAAAGUUGUCUGUCGAGAUUGAAAACUUGCGACAAGAGCUCAAAAACAAAGAUCAGAAGAUUGCGGAAACCGAGAAACUGGUUUUUGAAACAAAAAGCAAGCUCCAUGAAUCUUUCAAAGAAUUCUUGCAAAUGAACGAAACCAUGGCACGUUUGCGAAAAGAAGCAGAAAAGGGUUCGGAGGUGACGCAGGGGCGAAAUGAGAUCCUUCAACGAAAUCUGGAUAAGCUGGCGCGUGACUAUGAGACAACUUCCAAGGAUCUGACGUUGGCUCAGAAUCGCAUUCGCGAGCUCGAAUUUGAGCUGGGAGAGUUGGUCACGCAGUUCAACCUUACAGGAGAAGGCAAACGUACUUCCGAGGAGCAAAAUGUGAAACUCACGGCCGAACUCGACAAAACUGCCGCCGAACUUAAACGUACACAGCAUGCCCACGACAUAUCAAGCAUGCAAAACCGCCAGCUUGAAGAAGAACUACGGGAGAUGAAUCGUAUACAUACAGAUACCAAAUACGAUCUUGAUGUCAAGAUCACAAACUUGACAAAGGAUUUGGAAGCUGUAAAAGAGCAAAAGAAGGAUCUCGAUGUUACCGUCAAACAGCUCAAGAACGAUAAUGAAAAGUUAACCAAUGCUCUGAAGGGAGUGACGCGAGCGAAGGAUCAACUUGAAUCUGCUUUCCGAGUGGCGACUCAGAAGCACGAAAAAGAAAUCCAAGGUCGAGAAGCGAGAAUUCAGGAACUUGGAAACUUGCGGGCUGAAGAUGCUAAAGACAUCAAAAAACUGCAGGAGCAAAAGGAACAACUCAUGUUUCAGGUGACGGACCUCCAAAAUUCCCUAGAUCGUGAGACGGCGAAUGUGAAUAUGGUAAACUUCGAAAUUGCUCAAGUGAGGCGGCAAGCUGAAGAAAAGACAGGACUUCUCGAAGAACAAAUUGAAAAGCUCAAUCUUGCGAAAAACAAUCUUGCCAAUGACAAGCGCCAGGUGACGGAGAAGUUCAAACUGACCCGCUCUGAACUGCAGCAGCGGGAGCAGGAAUUGGCAGAAAUCAAGGUUGAAUUCGCCCAGCACCGUGAGCAGGCCACAUCAGUGGAAACACAGUUACGGAAGGAGCUCGCCGAAAUCCGCUCAGUACACCAGACGUUGGAAAAGGAGCAUACUGACUUGGAAGAAAGAUACGUGGCUAUCACAUCAACAAAGGCUGAUCUAGAAAGCAAACAGUCUGAUAUACAGAAGCGACAAGGGGAAAUGGAAGCCCGAGAACGUCACACACAGGCUGCAAUGGAGGUAAUCAAGGUGGAAAACGAACGUGUUACUGCCGAACUGCAGCAGGUGACAACGGAGAAAAAAGACAUCGGUGCACACUUGGAGUCCGUUCUCGUGAAAGUGGAUGAACUUAGCAGAACUAUCAGCAAUCUUGAAAGGGAGCACCGUACAACUGUCAAAGAGAAGGACUCUCAAAUCGCAAAGCUUAGCAAAGAUUCCUACGACGCCCAUGAAGAGGUUGCGCGACUGGACAAGUUGACCAAGAAACUCAAGAGGCUUGUCGAUAAGCUCGAAGUAGAACUGACCGACACCAAGCAAACGCUCUCAAAGGAAACAGGCCAACGAGAGCAUCUCGAGACUACCUUACACGAUAUCCGGCAGUCUCUCCAUUCAGAACGAAAAGUCCGCCUCGAGUUUGAACGUAUGCAUGCGAAAUUAGACCGUCGAGAGGCAGAGAGAGAGAUGGAGCGGCUGGGAGCCUUGCGAAUGCGUGAUCGCCUGCUGGCGGAGGUGGCCAAAGGACUGCAGUCAGAAUAUGGAAGAUUAAAAGAAAUCUCAACAAUGUUACCCGGAGAGGCAGACCUGGUAACUAUCGAUGCUCCAGAAGUGAAGGACUUCAAGCCUGCUGAGCUGCCAUCGCCGGCAGUUCAGAGGUCACUUGCAGCGAAAGCUCCAGGUUUCAAAUUAGUGGUACGGGCACCGGCAACCGUAGCAGAGGAAGAGGAAAACAUACAAAGCCCACGAACUGCACAUAGUGUACGAGUGUAUUAAAUGUCAAUAGUUUAGAUCUAUGGCCGAUGCUUCGUGUUAGAGGCUUUUCAAAUAGACACCCAUGAUAGCUUUGUCCAGCUGCUCCCA